GCCCGUCAUUUGCUCAUAUACCUAUUUUGAAAUUGGAAGUAUGAAAUUUAUUAAGUUAGGUAAAUACUCGUUGAAUACAUACUCGUCAGCUUGAAUAGUGGAAAUAAUACUGAAAUAGAAAGAUUAUUGUAGAAUAUCUGAAUUAAAUAAUUAGAACUUAAAAGUAUUUUGUAAUACCGAUGAAUUGAAAUUGAAAAACAGCCUUGCUAACUUAUAUCAAUAUUUUACUCUCUUGGAAGAAACUCUGUUGUGUGAUUGUUAAGAAUACUUAAAAAUAUAAUUUAUAUUAAAGUAGUUCUUAAAUAAAAUCUGAACAUGAGCAAAUUUCAAUCUAAAUGUUCAUUUUGCGAUGAAUCUCCUUUCACUAGCAGAGAGAAGGCUUAUUAUAGUUUCCCUGACUCGAGAAAAAAUCCUGCACUUUACGUAAAAUGGUGUAACAUUUUGAAUAUUGAUGCUAAAGAAGAAAAGAUAAAGAAGCCUCUUGUGUGUCGAAAACAUUUUCAUCCAUAUAGCAUCGUAAAGGAUACUGGCGAAUUAAAACCGAGGAGUUUACCAAGGAAAGUUUGUCGUGGAGCACCAUAUAAAAGAAAAACAAUUGAGGAUCCCCAAGAUAAGCCACUCAAAAAGGAACCAACAGAACAUCAAAUUAUCAACGAAUCAACCAAUAACGUAAAGCAGAAUGAAGAUCAACAACAACCCGGUGUAACUUCAGAACUUGAACGAAUCCUAACUCAAUCUAUGCCGAAUCCGAAAAAGAAUUCUUUACCGAGUCGAGAUGAGAUAUCUGAUGAUGAACAAUUCUUAGAUUCAUUGCUGCCAUCAGUAAGAAGCAUGAACUUCGAACAGAAAUGGUAUUUUGAGAAAGAAAUGUUUAAUCUGCUAAUGGAUGGCUGAAUAUUUUUGAUUGUUACAUAAUUAAUGUUCUCCGUAUGUUACUCAAUGAGAAAGUUGUCAUAUUAAGUUAAUUUUUUUCUUGUAAGUUUAAACUUUCUAUAAAUUUUCCAUUUAACAUUUUGAAAGAAACCAAAAAUAAAGAUAAUUUUCAUGAAAA